AUGUUUUUCGCUGCAUUACAUCAAUGUCGUGAUAAAGCUCGUACAGCUCGUGCACCGGGUCAAAUUGGUGGCGUGUACGGUCAACCUGGUCAACAAGGAGUAUUACCAGCACAACCUGGAGUAAGUGCACCUGGUCAAAUUGGUGGUGUGUACGGUCAACCUGGUCAACAAGGUGUAUUACCAGCACAACCUGGAGUAGGUGCACCUGGUCAAAUUGGUGGCGUAUACGGUCAACCUGGUCAACAAGGUGUUUUACCAGGUCAACCUGGAAUAGGUGCACCUGGUCAAAUUGGUGGCGUGUACGGUCAACCUGGUCAACAAGGAGUAUUACAAGCACAACCUGGAGUAAGUGCACCUGGUCAAAUUGGUGGUGUGUACGGUCAACCUGGUCAACAAGGUGUAUUACCAGCACAACCUGGAGUAGGUGCACCUGGUCAAAUUGGUGGCGUGUACGGUCAACCUGGUCAUCAAGGUGUAUUACCUGGACAACCUGGAGUAGGUGCACCUGGUCAAAUUGGUGGUGUGUAUGGUCAACCUGGUCAACAAGGAGUAUUGCCAGGACAACCUGGAGUAAGUACACCUGGUCAAAUUGGUGGCAUUUACGGUCAACCUGUUCAACAAGGUGUAUUACCAGGACAACCUGGAGUAGGUGCACCUGGUCAAAUUGGUGGCGGGUACGGACAACCUGGUCAACAGGGUAUAUUACCGGGACAACCUGGUCAGCUAGGUGUCGCACCUGGCCAACCGGGUGUAGGAGCAGGACAAAUUGAUCAACUUUAUAACGUACCCGUUCAACCUGGUCAACAAGGAUUACUACCAGGUCAAUUAGGUGUUGGUACAGCACCAGGACAAAUUGGUGGUGUUUUUGGACAACCUAGUCAACAAGGUCUUGCACCAGGACAACCAGGUGUUAGUGUUGGUCAAAUUAUACCUGGACAAAUUGGCGGUAUUUACGGACAGCCUGGUAUAGGUGCAGAUCAACUUGUACCUGGACAACAAGGCUUAUUGCCGAGUCAGCCCGGAGUUGGAGGAGGUUUAUUGCCACCAGGCCAACUUGUUGGCGGUUAUGCACAACCUGGUGCUGUGGGACUUCCUUCUGGAUUUACCGGUGUUACUGGUCCGAUAGGUCAAUUUGUAGGUGAGUAUAAAACAGAAGGUGUUCCAGGUUCAUUAGUUACUGGGGAUGGUACAAGUGGAGCGGAUGAUGCAUUUUCACAAGCUGAGUCUUCAAUAGCUGAUGGACAGGCAGCUGCAAGUGCUCAAGGAAAGAAGAAUGGAGGUACAGCAAAGACUCAAGUCUCUGGUACAUAUAGCUCUUCUGGUACAUUUAGUGCAAGCGCAAUGACUUCAGAUAGUGAUCGUUCAGCAAAUGCACAAGUUAGUGGAAGUGUUGAGGGUGCAAUGAGUCAAUCGCAAGGCCAGGGAGGUGCAGCACAAUCACAAGCUCAGGUGCAAGUCAAUUCAAAGAAUGGUGGAACUAAAGCAUCAUCGCAAAGUGGAGGAAUAAUUCAUCAAAGUCAAAGCGAAGUUCAAGCAAACGAUAAGGGAGGAUUAGCUGAUGCUCAGUCUAGCGGGCCAGGCCAAACAUCAUCACAAGCACAAAUAGGUUUCCGUCCUAGACAAGAUGGCACCGAAUUAAUUUCAUCAAACGGUGGUGGGCAAGCUUCUGCUCAAUCUGGUAGUCACUCAGGGCAAAGCCAGUCUCAAAUACAUGGCACAUCCAAAUAUGGCGUAUCUUACCAUGGUGCUGCACAAUCGGCUUCAGGUACAAAAGAACAAGUGGCAACUUAUCGUGAGCAAAACCGAGAAUUAUUUCACUCCAUUAGCCAGUUUGGAAAUGGUGAUGCUGUAACGGAUCGUGUAGAUACUCUAUACAGUGGCCCCGCAUUAACUGCUGAACCGGGACUAUUACCCGAUUUACAAUUAAAAGCGUCAAAAACCAGUAAAGAAACAGCAAUUAAUAAAGUAAACAAUGAAUCAGGUACUUUGGCGGAAGAUGAAGAUGACGAAGAACCAUACGAAGAUUAUGACGACGAAGACGAUUAUUAUGAAAACCCGAUUAAGAUGGACUCAAAUUCCAAUACUCCCAAAUCUGAUGGAAAAGAUAAUAAAAAUGAAACCCCAACAUUACCCAGCACUUUUACACAACAAUCUCCAACGCAAGUACAAAAGGUAGCGAUAGCAAACGCUAAUGAUAAAUAUACAGUGGUUCAAAACCAAAAUGGACGUGAACAAAGAUAUCCAAUUCGCACUACAACACCAAAUGUUCCAAGCGGUUUUCGUGGAACUGUAAAUGUUGAAAAAAAAUUCCAUACAAAAGCACUUGAAUCGCACACAACAGAAAAUAAUGUUGAUGGCAACUCUAAAGAUCAUGAACACAGUAAAAUUCCGACACCAGACAGUUAUGUGACAGUAACCAAAUCAGUUACUGGCAGCAUGGAUAAUACUAAAAACCCACCGCAAGAGAAUAAAAAUUUCCAAUCAACAUAUUACACGAAAUCAUCAACCUGUGGUUAUUUCACUUUCUCAUGCAACAUUGUAUAUGGCGCCAAUGGUCGAAGCAAAAUCUGUCGUCCCAAAGCGCCAACCAAUGGAAAAUGCUAAUGCCAAUCUAUUUCCCUAAAAUUAUAUUAAAAUAAUUUACUAUUAAAUUACAUUAAAAUACAUAUGUUUUAUACGUUUAACAAAUAAUAGAAUAAUAAUUUAAACAAAUGCUAUAUGUAUGCAACAUAUUUAAUGAAACCAUCAAAUAUCCACACCCACUGCCUUAACUUUUAUUCAACUUAUUUUGUCUGUUGUACUGACAAUUUUUGUAAAAAUAAAU